GGCGGCGCUUGCACUUUGUGCUUGGAUUGGAGGCAGGUGAAGAGAGAGGCAGGUUAGGGGCGCUUGGUUCUGAGAAGUGUCUCCCAACGUGGCGAGGGACUUAGUGGGGCGAGAGGCCUUAAAGCUUGCAGCUCGCUGCCCCUUCUCGGAGCUCUUCGCAGUUCGUUUACUCGGAAGCCGAGUCCCAGCCUUUUCUUUUGCAAGCUGGAGAAAGUUUAUCUUUCAAGUAAUCAAGACAUGCAGAUUAGAAUAUGAAGAGAAACAGGAGUCUUUGUUGCUGUGUCUGAGAGAUUAAACAAGCAAGAUGUGUUUGCUUUCACUGUGAGCCAAAUGUCCUGUUAGAGAUGCUGAUCAUGACACUGGGCUGAAGUGUGACAUAUCUGGAAAGAUGGGGAUGUUUGUACUUCUGACUUGGAGUUUAAUCUUAAACUUGACACAUGGGCAUAGCUUGUUCACAUGUGAACCCAUUACAAUCCCAAGAUGUUCUGGAAUGGCCUACAAUAUGACAUUUUUCCCUAAUGUGAUGGGGCAUUAUGACCAGCAAACUGCAGCUGCCAGAAUGGGGGACUUCCUUCCUCUUCUGAAUGUUCAGUGCUCACCAGAUAUCCAUGUAUUUCUGUGCAAAGCAUUUGUGCCUGCCUGCAUGGGACAAUCACGUGUGAUUCACCCAUGCCGAAGUCUCUGUGAAAGAGUGUACUCUGACUGUAAACAACUGAUAGACACUUUUGAAAUUAAGUGGAAUGAGGAGCUUGAAUGCAACCGGUUGGAGGAUUGUGAUGAAACGGCUGCUGUCACUGUUUCUCUCGCCACGAGAGCCCAUGGCACUAAGAAAAACCCAGGGCAACCCAGAAGGGACUAUGGAUUUUGGUGUCCACGCCAUUUGCAGACCUCCAAUGGACAAGGCUACAAGUUCUUGGGAAUUGAUCAGUGUGCACCUCCCUGUCCCAACAUGUAUUUCAGUGAUCAUGAGCUAGACAUUGCCAAAAGCUUCAUUGGGAUUGUUUCAAUUUUUUGCCUUUGUGCAACUCUCUUCACAUUCCUAACAUUUUUGAUUGAUGUUAAGCGGUUCAGGUAUCCAGAGAGGCCAAUAAUAUAUUAUUCUGUUUGCUACAGCAUAGUGUCUCUGGUGUACUUCCUUGGUUUUGUCCUGGGAAAUAAAACAGCCUGCAGUAAGGUAGAUGAAAAACUACAGCUUGGUGAAACAGUUGUUCUUGGUUCUCAAAACAAAGGCUGCACAAUUGUUUUUAUGGCUCUGUAUUUUUUCACCAUGGCUGGAACUGUAUGGUGGGUGAUCCUCACGGUCACUUGGUUUCUAGCUGCUGGACGAAAAUGGAGCUGUGAAGCGAUUGAACAAAAAGCAAUGUGGUUCCAUGCAGUUGCUUGGGGAAUGCCUGGCUUUCUCACAGUUAUGCUGCUUGCCAUGAACAAAGUGGAAGGUGACAACAUCAGUGGUGUUUGUUUCGUUGGCCUCUAUGACCUCGAUGCUUCAAGAUACUUUGUCCUUUUGCCUCUGUGCCUUUGUGUAUUUGUUGGUUUGUCUCUCCUCUUAGCAGGCAUAAUUUCUCUAAAUCAUGUGCGGCAAGUUAUACAGAAUGAUGGCAGGAAUCAAGAAAAGCUGAAGAAAUUCAUGAUUCGAAUUGGUGUCUUCAGUGGCUUAUACCUGGUACCUCUAGUGAUGCUCUUGGGAUGUUAUAUCUAUGAGCAAGCGUACAGGAAGAUCUGGGAAAUCACUUGGGUUUAUGAUCAUUGUGUUGAGUUCCAUAUACCUUGCCCAUAUCAGGUCAAGAUAUUGGCAAGGCCAGAAAUAAUUUUGUUUCUGAUGAAAUACCUGAUGACUUUAAUUGUUGGCAUCUCUCCAGUCUUCUGGGUGGGAAGCAAGAAGACGUGCUCUGAAUGGGCAAGUUUCUUCAACAGAAAUCGCAAAAGAGAUCCAAUCAGUGAAAGCCGAAGAGUGUUGCAAGAGUCAUGUGAAUUUUUCUUAAAGCACAACUCUAAAGCAAAGCACAAAAAGAAGCACUACAAAUCCAGCUCUCACAAACUGAAGGUGAUUUCAAAGUCAAUGGGGACUAGCACAACUGUUACAACUAAUCAUGGAACUUCUGCAAUGGCCAUCGCUAACCAUGAUUACUUAAGCCAAGAGACUUUCACAGAGAUCAAAAGUUGUCCUGAAACAUCUGAGAGAGAGAUGGAAGCAGAUGGAACACCCAAUCAGAAAGUGGAAGACGAAGCGUUCACCCGCAGUGAACAAAGUGCAUUGCAAAUGCUCUCCAACCCCAAAGUGGCUUUGGAACCUCUAGAAAAGAGAGGAAAGGCAGACAACACACAAGAUAUUGUCAGCUUAUCUGAAAGCAUGAAGAGAAUGGUUGAAGGAAGAACAACUCCUAAAAGUGACGUUACUGAAUCUCUUCAACUCCAAGUUGGUCAUCCACACCUCGAUGUUUCCCAACCAAGCAGUACGAAGGGAUCAGUCUUGUUUGCCCAUUCCUCUUCAGAUUCAAGAAAAGCUCAGGAGUCUGGUCAUAGUUCAAAUGCUUAAAAAGGUGAAAUUUGUUAUAGGGACCAUUUCAGUUCAUGUAAUGGAUGGAUUCUGUGUUACACUGGAAGUGACUGUUGCGUUGUGUUUUACAAGUAAGCACCACAAACACCCUCCUUCGUUGCACUUCAGGUAAAACUAAAAUUGUAUUGUGAGGAUACCUAAUCAAACUUUGGACAAUGUACUAGCUAGCAGUAGGUUUAAAAUGGAAAAGAUGAUCAAUAAAUACAACUUUUUAUAAGCAUUAUGUCAAAUUCCAUUGAAGAAAUGGAGGUGGAAGGUUUGAUACCUUGAACGGUAUUGGGCAAAUACAACCUCCUCCUAGCUGUUGUAUUUACUGUAUCCUAAACAGCUGUGUCACACAGGGAAAAACAUUAGAAAGUUUGGAGAAAGUAAUAAAGCUAAUGCACCGUGCCAGAAAAACAGCGCAGUCCCAUUCUGAGGAUCAGCUUAAGCUGCAGUAGUACAAGCAGUGACUCAAAUUCCUGCAGCUGAAGCAUAACUCAGUAUAGCUUCCUAUGGCGCUCUCAUCACCUGUCUCCAGCAUGCCUGCUAGAGAAUCCCCCAUCCUGGAGUUCCCAGUGUGAUGCCAGUGGGCACCAUAGCACCCUCAGAUGCUCCGUUGGCACUUAUCAAGGCCUGCUGCCUCUCCAUGUUUUGGCUUUGGGCCAUGCCUUCUUUUUUGUCUGUCUCAUUUGUUUGGGAUGGAGGGAGGCUCUGAACAUUGCACAUUCUUUUGUGAAAUGGUUGUUUUGUUAUGCUUGCAACAGUUUCUCAAAUGUGCCCUCAGUCCCCUUUCCUACUGUCUAAUCUGGCAGAUGCUCAUUUACAUCCACCUCUGAUUUCUGUGGCGCGACAGCCCAUAGGAUGUUUCUCAGAAGCAUAGUGAGCAACCCUGCGUUUGCCCCUGCCAAAGUUGUGCAACUGUCUCUAUGGGCUACAACUGGGAAGGAUACUGGGCAGUCAUUGAUGCAGAUGCUUCUGUGCAGAUAUUUGUAUUAGGUCUAGUUUAAGUUUUAUAGUCUAUUUUAUUCUAGGUCUAGGAGACAAGUUAUUUAAAAAACAAUCCUUGGUGCAAUGGCUCACCAGUUUUUGGGGCCACUAGUAAUACUUUAUGUAGUAGUCUGUACACUGAAAUGAAAAGGGACUCUUGAAUCAAAAGCAAUUUUUCAAGCAGCUACUUUUAUACAAGAAUAACAUAACUGCUUCUGUUAUACUACAGGAUAUUUAAGUACAUACAUCUCUCCAGCUCUUCAUAAUUGUUAUUUUUAUUGAUUUUAAGUAAUGUAAGGUGAGGAGUUGUGGAGCCAACCACUGUUCAGAUAUCACAGGCAAUAAUGUGGGUGUUUGCUUAACCUCUGUACUUAUACUCAGGGUGGUACCUUUUAGACCUGAGGCUUGAACACAAACUAACAGUAACUUACAUUUUUUAAAAGUAAGAUUCUGCAUGAAUCGGGCAUUGGACCCCAUUCCCUUUUUUUGUUUCAUCAUGCCCAUAUAGAAUAGACCUCUGAGACAACAUAAGUUUACAGUAUCUGUGAAGCUUAUUUUAUAGCUUUUGUUUUUGCAGUUUUGAAGAUCUAAGCUUUUCAUUUUCUAUAAACUAGUGUUUUUUAAAAAAUAUUUCCUAUGGAUGAAGAAGUUAGCUUGGGAAAUGAGAAAAACAUGUUAUUUGGCCUGAAGUCAUGCAGUCCUGAUCUUUGUAUUUUAUAAACAUUGGCUUUUGUAAUUUCUGGGCCCAUUUAUAGCCUUCAGAUAUUUGGGGGGGGGGCUGUGAACUUGUUUAAUCAACUGAUUAAAACAAGCUUUCUCUGCCAUUUUAAUCUGCAGGUAGAAUCUACAAAACAGCUGGAUCUACAGCUAAUUGUAGUUUAAUAAAGGUUCAUAUUUCUCCAUAAUGUAGCACUUAUUCCAGAGCUGUAAAACAGCCCCUGGGUUACUCAGAUAUUAUUCUGCAUCAAAGAAGUAAAGCUAUUCAGAAGACGGUCUCAGUGCCUACAACCUUUAGGGCUUUUAACUUAUGUACAUGAGAUCCUGUGAUUUCCAUGCUUGUCCCUACCUAGCCCCAUAGGCAAUUAUAUAACAACAUCCACUAGCCCUUCAGCAAAGCUUUCUUUCAUUUCCUUAGGGAGAAAUGGGUAAGAUCUACUAUUGGAGACUGUGUAAAUAGGAAGGUUGUCUCUUUAAAUUCAGUUGACUUGCAGCUGUGGAGGGUUACUGUUUGUUUAGAAAGGUUCAUAUCCUGGGUGCUUGUUGUGCAACCCUGAAGUACAGGGACAGUGCAUUUGUCAAGAAAAAGUGUGAUCAUGCGUUAGCAAGUUGGGAUAAACUGCCUUAGGCAUUACCCCACUAUUGCUGAAGCCACUUGCGGUUUCACUGGAUCAUGUUUCCUGUACGUUUGAUUUGACUGGCUGCGGGUUCCAGCAUCUCCAGUCCUGCUGUGGCUCAGGAAUGUUGUUAUUUCCAAUCCCCUUGCCCUUUUGACUGGACACCCCCAAUAAUUCUGAAUAAGUUGCUUACACAGCAGUUAAACUAGAGGAGGCAAACAGUUGGGAUGUAGUAGCAUACUCUUGCCGUCAGUAAAAGAGCAGAAGGAAGAAUGAACCUUGUCUUCCCUUCAUCCUUCUUUGUUCCUUUUACACACAGAGUAGGGCAGCUGCGCCUUCUUGCUAGAAGGGUGCAGAAGAUACCCUUGUACUUCAGAUUACACUUUCUGGAUUUUACACAAGAUGGUGCCCCCUUACACCAACCACAAUGGAAAUGUGGUAGAGCCCUACAUAAUAUUUUCUAAGUCAAUUUUGAUGAGAAAACAUGAGCUGAAAGGCUGGUCCACAGGGAUUUACACUGUACAGUUUACAGCGGUUAUACAAUAUGAUUUUAAGAACUGUAUUUUGAAGACUUAUCUACUGAGGGUACAAUAAAAGUGAAUGUUUUGUGAUGCUCGAUUUCUGUGUAGCACAACAGAUUAAAUAAUUUGUUUGUGCAAUAGCCAGGCUUUCCAUCUUAGGAUAGUAGCCCUCCGCUAUGGUCAGCAGUCUAUAAUUGCAGCUGCCACCAUCACUACAGCAGCCAUGAAUUUAAUUUUGAUGAGCAACCUCCACCAAAAUAUAAAAAUGUCAGUUUCCUCUAUGGAGCCUCUGCUGCUGAAUCACCGAUCCUACUAUGCAAGCAUCCCCCCCACCGGCCUCUGACGAAACAGGAAUUAGCAGUGCCACUUUAAAAUUCCUUUCUUUCCUAGGUGCCCUUCCCUUUUUUGCUCUGGUUCUGCAUCUGAAUAGGGUCUGCCUUCCAUAAGAACAUAAGUAGAGCUGUACUGGAACAGACCACAUGCCCACUAGUCCAGCAUCCUGUUCUCACAGUGGGCAGCCAGAUGCCUAUGGGAAGCCCACAACCAAGAACUGAGUGCAGUAGCACUCUCCCCACUUGUGACUCCCAGCAAGUGGUAUUCAGUGAUAUACUGCUUCCAACUGUGGAGAUAGAACACAGCCAUCAUGCUAGUAGCCAUGGAUAGCUACUGUUCUCCAUGAAUGUCUAAUCCUCUUUUAAAGCUGUCCAAGUUGGUGGCCAUUGUUACAUCUUAUAGGAAUGCAUUCCCUUUCCUAGUAUCUGCUAAUUCUUACAAAUUGCAAAUCCCUUAGCAGCAAAUGAAGAGCUACCUUGAUUUUUUAUUUUUACUUCUCCUAUCCCCAGUACUUAUGACAGAAACACUAUGUUCUUGUGUACAAUGUACUUGCAGAUGCUUUGGGGGCAAUGUUAAAUUUCUUUUUUAAAAAAAGUGCAGAGUAUUCAGGAGCAGAAAGCUUUCCAUGUGUGACCAUUCAUUCUGGGCUGCGAGCAUGAGACAGACACUGCACUUGGUCAGUGAAAAGAGAGGCACUCUGCCUGUGCUCAGAGGCACUUUUUGUAUAUUCCUGCUUGCUAAUAGAAAUAGAAACCACAACUCAUAGAUCCUUGCCUAUGAUAGUCCGGUGAUUUUAAUUGCUGUACUUCUCUUAGGUGAAUAAUGCUGAUAGAGACAAGGGUGAUCAUAACUGAGCUCUUAUGUUUGAAACUAGCAUUGGUGUACUUUUUAAAUAACUUUUCUGCAUCUUUGUUAAGUGAAUCUUUAAGCUAGUAUUCUCAGUUUGUUAUGCAACCCUCUUUAAUUUUACAUUCCACUUUGUGCAGUGUCAUUUGGUUAUGUUUUGGGCACAAAGUAAAACUAUUUCGUAGAAAAGAAAUGUAAAUGGCAACUGGAUAAAGAAGAUAGUUCUGACAGAUCAAAAUGUUUCCUGUUUUAAUCAUGUUUUGCUGAAUUUUGAAUGUAUUGUGUUCUCUGCAUUUUAUAACUUUGUAACUUAUUGCCUUUAAAAGAGUAUUGGUGGUUUUACUGGAUCCUUUAUUUUCAGAACAUAGUAUUCUUCCAAUAAUUAGGAGAGACUGACAAUUUUGUAAACAUUCCCUGGGGAAAAACAAAUGUUGGUUCUUUUACUGGCACAUCUGUAAAAAUAUAUUUUUUAAAAAUUGUAUGCAAUUCAGCAUAUGUAUUUUUACUAUCGAUCAAUAAAG